AUGAGGACUUACUACUGCUUGGCAUUUUUGAUCUGGAGUUGUAUGCUUCAUGUGGUGCAGUUGACACCAUCCCCCAAAAGGACUAACAAAUAUUUGCAUCCUGAAAGGAUAAUGGGGCUGUCACAGGAUGCUGGGAAAACACUGCACCGCACUAAACGUGGCUGGAUGUGGAAUCAGUUUUUCUUGCUGGAGGAGUACACAGGUCCAGAUACCCAGUAUGUGGGCAAGCUACACACUGACCAAGAUAAAGGAGAUGGAAAUUUAAAAUACAUAUUAACAGGAGAUGGGGCUGGCAGUCUAUUCGUUAUAGAUGAAAAUACAGGAGAUAUUCAUGCUGCAAAGAAACUGGACCGGGAAGAAAAGUCCCUGUAUGUGCUACGUGCCAAGGCUAUUGACAGAAAGACUGGAAGACAAGUGGAGCCGGAAUCUGAAUUUAUCAUUAAAAUCCAUGAUAUCAAUGACAAUGAACCCAAAUUUACAAAGGACAUUUACACCGCCAGUGUUCCUGAAAUGUCUGGAGUUGGUACUUCUGUUCUCCAAGUGACAGCGACAGAUGCUGAUGAUGCAAACUAUGGAAACAGUGCCAAAGUUGUGUACAGUAUCCUCCAGGGACAGCCAUAUUUCUCAGUGGACCCAGAUACAGGCAUAAUCAAAACUGCUUUGCCAGACAUGAGCAGAGAAAACAGGGAGCAGUACCAAGUGGUCAUCCAGGCCAAGGACAUGGGAGGCCAAAUGGGAGGAUUAUCAGGGACCACUACAGUGAACAUCACACUGACUGAUGUUAAUGACAAUCCACCUCGAUUCCCCCAGAGCACGUACCAAUUCAGCUCUCCUGAGUCUGCACCGCUUGGGACUCCUCUUGGAAGAAUAAAAGCCAAUGACCCCGAUGUGGGUGAAAAUGCUGAGAUUGAGUACAGCAUCUCUAAUGGGGAUGGAUCAGAUGUGUUUGAUAUCAUCACUGACAAGGACACACAGGAAGGGAUUAUAACUGUCAAAAAGCAGUUGGAUUUUGAAAACAAGAUGCUUUACACCUUAAGAGUGGAGGCAGCCAAUAGUCAUCCUGACCCACGCUUUUUGCAGUUGGGACCAUUUAAGGAUACAGCUCUGGUCAAAAUUUCUGUGGAAGACAUAGAUGAACCACCAGUGUUCAGCAGAGCCUCCUAUUUAAUCGAAGUAGAUGAAGAUGCCAAGGAGGAAAGCAUAAUUGGGCAAGUGGUAGCUCAAGAUCCAGACACCACAAAGAAUGCAAUAAAAUAUUCUGUGGAUCGACACACUGACCUUGACAGAAUAUUCAAUAUCCACUCAGGAAAUGGAUCCAUAUUCAUCUCAAAGUCACUAGACCGGGAGGAAACUCCAUGGCACAACAUCACCGUUAUAGCAACUGAAAUUAAUAAUCCUAAGCAAAGCAGCCAAAUAUCUGUUUUCAUCAGGAUUUUAGACAUAAAUGACCAUGCACCAGAAUUUUCCAAAUACUAUGAAACAUUUGUUUGUGAAAAUGCAAAGGCAGGACAGCUGAUACAGACUGUUAGUGCAAUGGACAAAGAUGCGCCUCCUCAAGGACACAAAUUUUUUUUUGAGUUGGUGCCAGAAUUUGCAGUUCAUCCAAACUUCUCUAUUGUAGACAACAAAGAUAACACAGCAGGGAUAAUGACUAGAAGAAAUGGAUACAGCCGUAGUAAAAUGAGUACCUAUCUCCUGCCAAUCAUAAUAUUUGACAAUGAUUACCCAAUCCAGAGCAGCACAGGCACGCUGACAAUUCGAGUGUGUGCCUGUGAUAGCCGGGGAAAUAUGCAGUCCUGUAAUGCUGAAGCUUUGCUACUUUCAACAGGCCUCAGCACAGGUGCUCUAAUUGCCAUUCUCCUCUGCAUCAUUAUACUGCUAGUUUUAGUUGUGCUGUUUGCAGCACUGAAGAGGCAGAGAAAAAAAGAACCCUUGAUCAUCUCAAAAGAUGAUGUCCGGGAUAAUAUUGUGACCUACAACGAUGAAGGAGGUGGGGAAGAGGAUACUCAAGCUUUUGACAUUGGCACUCUGAGGAAUCCAGAAGCUAGGGAGGAAAGUAAGAUGAGAAGAGAUGUUAUUCCAGAAACUAUAUUUCAGAUAAGAAGGACUGCACCCCUGUGGGAGAAUAUUGAUGUCCAAGAUUUUAUUCAUAGAAGGCUAAAGGAAAAUGAUAUAGACCCAACUGCACCUCCUUAUGAUUCACUGGCGACAUAUGCCUAUGAAGGAAAUGAUUCUAUUGCAAAUUCACUUAGUUCACUUGAAUCACUUACUACAGAUGGAAACCAAGAUUAUGAUUACCUGAGUGACUGGGGACCUCGAUUUAAAAAACUAGCAGAUAUGUAUGGUGGAGAUGACAGUGACCGAGACUGA